AUGGGCUCAUCUACCGGCUCCCCCAUUGCAAUGCACAAAUCACCAGAGGUGUCAAAGCCAAUAUCUGCUAGUGAGGAGCAAAUCAAUGCUAUGGAUCUUGAAGCUGGACCAUUAUCUACUCUUGUGGCUCCCCAUUCCCAGGUUUCUGACAAAGGCAAAGGCAAAAUAACAACCUGGAAAAGAACGGGGCAUAAGAUGGGCAGGCUGCAGAGGCUUAUUGAUAAUCCCUCUCAGACAGACAAAUUGUUGAUAGGCAAAAGAGACAAACCAGAUCUACCCUAUGACUCAAAGGAGGAUGAGGAGCAGAAUUCUCAGGGCUCAGUCAUGAAAAAGUCAAAGGCUUCAUUUGAUAAGAGCCUGGUUGAUUGGGCGACGGAGAUGACGGGAGGAUCGAAAUUCGAGGUCUCGAAAUUUGAUGGUCAUGGCAAUUUCAGAUUAUGGCAGACGAGAGUAAAAGAUUUAUUGGCGCAACAAGGAAUUCAGAAAGGGCUGUGCGCAGAAAAGCCAAAGGGGAUGGAAGACGAUGAUUGGCAAGAUCUGCAGGAACGGGCGGCCGGGACGAUUUGGUUGUGCCUUGCAGAUGAAGUUAUGUAUCACACUGAGGAGAUUACUUCAGCGUUGUUGGCUCACAACCAGCGGAAACAUAAAUCUGGAGAGUCAUCUUCUCAAAGUGACAGCUUAUAUGUGAAGGGUAACCAGGAUCGUGGAAGAAGACAGGGGCGAGAUAAUUCAAGAAAUCGGAAUUUCAGAUCCAAGUCGCGAGACAAAUCACAAGGGAGGAAAACUGUGACGUGUUAUAAGUGCAAGGAACAAGGGCACUUCAAACGGGAUUGCCCAAAGUGGAAGAAACAGAUUGUUGAUAUGUCAUCCAAAGAGUGGUUUGCUACUUAUAAACCAGGUAACUCGGGUUCUGUUUUUCUUGGUGAUGAUAGAUGCUGCGGUAUUGUCGCAGUUCUUGAUAAGGGAGAGAGUUCGAGUUCUGCACUUGAUGAUGUUGAUCAUGAUGUUUCUGACACAACUGAUGUGUCAGAUAGCAACAAGUUAGCUCGAGAUAGAGUGAGGCGUACCAAUAUACAAGCUCCAGUCAGGGCUGUACUUGCAUUUGUGGCUAGUUGGGAUUUGCAUUUAGAGCAGAUAGAUGUGAAGACUGCUUUCUUGCAUGGUGAUCUCGCAGAGCCUAUUUACAUGCAACAGCCAGACGGUUUCGUUCAACCAGGGAAGAAGCAUUUAUUUUGCAGGUUGAAUAAAUCCUUGUAUGGCUUGAAGCAAGCAUCGCGGCAGUGGAAUAUACUGUUUGAUUCGUAUAUGCUGAAGAUUGGCUACAAGCGUUGUGAGUUCGAUUGUUGUGUUUACACUAAGAGCCUUGGUGAUGGUUCUAUUAUUUUUCUGUUACUUUAUGGUGAUGACAUGUUUAUUGCUGCUAAGAAUAUGCGUGAUAUUGUUGAUCUGAAAAGCCUUUUGAGUCAGGAAUUUGAGAUGAAGGAUUUGGGGGCUGCAAAGAAGAUUCUUGGGAUAGAGAUUCACAGGGAUAGAGGAUCAAAAAAGCUGUGGUUAUCUCAGAAGGGUUAUGUGGAGAAGGUGCUACAGAGGUUUGGGAUGAAUGAAGCAAAACCGGUGGACACUCCAUUAGCAAACCAGUUCAAGCUUUUUGUUGAUAUGUGCCCCAAGUCGGACAAGGAGAUUCAGGAUAUGGUGGAGAUACCUUAUGCCAGUGCUGUUGGAUGUCAGAUGUAUGCCAUGGUAUGUACUCGUCCUGAUUUAGCUCAUGUUGUUGGUCAAGUUUGCAAGUAUAUUUCUAGGCCGGGUAAACAGCAUUGGGAGGCAGUCAAAUGGAUUUUCAGAUAUUUGAAAAGUACUUCGGGACAUGGAGAUCUACCACUGGGUAUGUCUUCACUUUUGGUGGAGGCCCUAUUUGUUGGAGGUCGAAUACUCAGCCUAUAG